GCCAAGCAUUACUGCUUCUUCUAAUGGUAAUCUCGCUGGAACCAAACGCUACGCCGACGAGGAUGCUCCUUUGAGCCCAGCUGCUUCAAGCCGCCAAGGCAGCAUCCGUCGCCUAUUCAGUAGAACCAUGUUGAAUAACACUUAUGCAGAGGGCCAGAUAUCAUCGAACGGAAGUGUCCCAGCCGCCGGCGCCGGCGGCCUUGCCCGGCCGAGUAGCCAGGGCGGUGCAAGCUACCUCGACGAGCGCAAGUCUAGGAGAACCAGCGGCUGGUUCAGACGCAUGAGGACCGGAGAGACGAUCCCCAACAAACGAGCCAGUACCAUGUUUAUGGAGGAAGGUCCUCGUGCACCGACACCCAAGAAGCAAUCCGGCCCCCCGCCUCCCAUGAUACCCGAAUUGACCGAUCUCGAAAAGGACAACGGAAGCUUGGGUUCUGAUCUUUUCAAGAACAUCAAGUAGAUCGACGUUUCAUGCGACACCUAGAGCCAAAUGCGCCUGCCGUGCUCGACUCGCCAAUAAUGGCUGGACAGCCACCCCGUUUUUCCUUUUCAACUAUUUACAUAUUCAAAGACCGGAAAUUGAGACAAGACAACACAUUACACCUAUUUUUUAUUAUUAUCGAUCGAGCCAGAAGUAGCAGCAGCAGCAUAACAUGUGCCGGUCCAACCACUUUUGAAAACGCGUCUCUUUUAUCGUAUCCGUUUUCUGCGCAGCGAGAAGGAUGUUUUCAGCCCAUGUCUUGGGGGAAAGGGUGUCUGCAGUGGAGCAGGGGAAAAUGGGGGGAGAAGGAAUCAAGAGCAGUGCAGUAUGGUGAAGGCAGCUCAUCAAGAUACCCAACUCGUUUCGCAAGCUCACUUAUCCGGUGUGCGAAUUAUGGAUUUGUUUUCUUCUUGUUUGGCAUUGCUUUAGUUUUCUAUGCUAUGCGCUAUGAUACUACAAUGCAGUGUAUCAUGGUCAUCUUACGGGUUUCAUGUCACUAUUUGUCAUUUAUUACUUGUCACCAUCACCUGAACGGCCCCUGCUACUACUAUGCGGAGAAUCAUCUCAGAUUAUUAUUUCUUUGUGAGAGUUACAAGGCUAUUUUUUUUCAAAAUUUCUUGGGAGGUGACAGGAAGGAGCACGCUGCGGAUGCCCUUUUGGAUUUUACACAUCUAUUUAUAAAGAGGAAUUUGUACAGAUAGGUGAUUCUGUUUUGAGAGAAAACUAGGAGAGUUUUUGGAGACAACAUGCCAAGAUAUUGGUCAAAGCUCCGUUACUAGAGGGAAGUCUCCCUCUUGUUAUUGGAUAUGAGGCUAAUGAAGAAUUGAACCCAGAUCCUUAAUA